CCACUCGACACUACAAAAGUCUGCAACCGCAACUCCCCAGGGUUUUCCUCAUCUCUCUCUCUCUCUCUCUCUCUCUCUCCAGUCUCUGAGUUCCUUCUUCCUUGCAUCUCCGUUCUCCACUGCGCAAUGGGAGGAGGAGGAGGGGAAGGGAUGGAGGUGGAGGUGCCCCUGUCGACGGGGGCGUUCGAGGCGAUGUGGCGGGACCACGGCCUGCGCCCGGUGCUGCAGCUGGCGGACGAGCCGCGGAUGGCCGCGGAGACGGGGCAGUACCGCGUCGCACUCUCUGACGGCGGCGAGCGCCUGCAGCCGGGGAUACUCGCCGCGUCCCUCAACCACCUCGUCGCCCGCGGCGCGCUCCGCUGCGGCACCGUCAUCCGCGUCCUCGAGUACUUCGCCGGCUUCUACCACAACCAAAAGGUCGUUAUUGUUAUCCAACUUGAGAUACUGCAUGCUGAGUGCACGCUGAUCCGCAAUCCCACAAUCUUUGAGGCCAAUGCAACUCAACAUAUUGGUGUAUCCUGUUCUGGUGGUCUUGCCAUCCAUGAACCUUGCUUCAUGCUGUGUACUCAGCAAGUUACUAGCAACCCAUCAUGUUUUCCUGAUAAGAGAGUGUUGGAUUCUUCAGUUACACCAAAAGCAGAACCUACUGUGAUUAAUCUACCAUUCAGUGAAUGUGUUUGUUCAAUGCCAGCACAGAGCACAGUAGAUGCUAAGAUGCAGCAGCUUUCAUUGAAGGAUCAUCAAAACCAAAGGGUUAUGAUGACUGCCACAGGGCUCUCGGGCGUGAUGGCGGUGCAGCUGACGCCUGGCGCGGUGAUGGCGAUCUCCAAGCAUGCCGACGGCAAUGGGACGCUGCAGCCGAUGCUGCAGGUGGUGGACCUGCAGAUGGUCAACAAUGUCAAGAACCCCUCCGCCGAGCGCUUCCAGAUGGUGCUCUCUGACGGCGUGUACACGAUGCAGUGCAUGCUCACUGCCGCUGAGAACACACAUGUCCUUGACGGCUCCAUCCAGAAGGGCUCAAUUAUCCACCUCCAGGAGUUCACCUGCAGCACCAUCCAGAAUCGCAGGAUCAUUAUUGUUUUCAAACUUUAUGUCCUCCAAAGUGAGUGCAACAUAAUGGGAAACCCCAAACCUUAUGAGAUGAGAAACCAACCUAAUGAGCAGGUCACAAACUUUCCGGCCAAUGCUGCUCAAGCUAAUACUGGAACAUAUUCCAGUGGCCCUGGUAUGCUGGGUUCUUCUGCUGCUCCAAGGCCAGUGCAAGAUGUUAAUAAUGUACCAUACAGUGGAUCCUAUGGUGGUUAUCAGGGUAUGAUGGGCCGUCCAUUUGGUCAUGCAGUAGAAUCUGUUCCCAAUGUGGCAUCUGGUCUCUCUUACGGUACAACUUCAGCACAUAAUAAUACAAUGAAUGUGGGUAUUGUGCAGUCAAACUUGCAGCAGCCUUCAUUAAAUUCUCACCAGAACCCAAGGUUUGUAGUUCCUUCCAUGACUGGUGGCAGUUCCUUUUAUCAACAAUCGCCUCCAGGGCAUAUGAAGAGAACUCCUGUGUCUAAGAAUGAUGCAAAUCAUCUUGUCCCAGUGGCUCAAUUGAACCCAUACCAAACUAGAUGGAAGAUCAUGGCUAGAGUGACUGCAAAGACUGAUCUCAGGCACUACAGCAACUCUAGAGGUCCCGGAAAAGUCUUCUCCUUUGAUCUCCUUGAUGGACAGGGUGGAGAAAUCCGUGCAACAUGCUUCAAUGUGCAGGCUGAUCAGUUUUUUGACCUCAUUGAGGUUGAUAAGGUGUACCUGAUAUCUAAAGGGUUGUUGAAACCAGCAAUGAAGAAGUUUAACUCUUUGAAUCAUGAGUAUGAAGUAACCCUGGAUCACAGAACAUCUAUCGAAGUCUGCGUUGAUGAUGAUAGCAACAUCCCUAGGCAGCAGUACAAUUUCCGGCAGAUAAGCGAAAUUGAGAACAUUGAGGCAGGUGCUAUCGUGGACUUGAUUGGAAUCGUUACAUCAGUUGGUCCUUCUUCCAUAGUGAUGCGAAAGGAUGGCACACAAACCCAGAAAAGAACUCUUCAACUGAAAGACAUGUCUUUUCGGAGCUUGGAAAUAAUCCUUUGGGGCAAAUUCUGUGAUGCAGAGGGACGUCAACUGCAGUUGCUGUGUGAUUCUGGUUCAAACCCUAUACUGUCUCUCAAAGGUGGCCGUGUUUGUGAUUUCAGUGGUAGAUCUGUAGUCACAAUCAGCUCAACUCAGUUAAAAGUAAACCCAGACUUUCAAGUGGCUGAAAGGCUGAAGCAGUGGUACAUAAUUGAAGGAAAGAAUACUGCUUUCAUUUCUUUGUCUUGGGGAAUAUCAAACAUGAGCAGGAGUCAUGUGCUGAAAACAAUUGCACAGAUCAAGGAUGAAAAUCUGGGGCGAUCAGAUAAGCCUGACUUUAUCACUGUUAAAGGUGCAAUUUCACAUCUGAAAACUGAUAAUUUUUGUUAUCCUGCUUGCACCAUGGAGGUGAAUGGUAGGCUGUGCAACAAAAAGGUAAUGAAUAAUGGUGAUGGGACAUGGCAGUGUGACAAAUGCAACAAGAGCUUACCAAAUUUCGAGUAUAGAUACUUGCUGCUGUGCCAGAUCCAGGACCACACUGGGGUCACCUAUGCUACUGCAUUCCAAGCGGCUGGUGAAGCAAUAUUUGGCCACACGGCUCAAGAGCUUUUCAUGAUACAAAAUGUAGAACAAGAUGACAUGAGAUUCACAGAAAUCAUGCAGGCGGUCCUUCGGCGUGAAUACCUAUUCAAGCUGAAAAUCUAUGAGGAAACCUAUAAUGGUGAGCAGCGUGUGAUAUGCUCCAUCAUUGGUGUUGAGAAGCUGGAAGAAACCAACAACCUUUUAAAGGAUGUUUCCCGCCCUAUUCUGAAGGAUCAUUCAUCCUACAUCCCAAGCGUUGGCUCUGCCAAUUUGGAAGCCAAACAGAGCUUGCUAACCUCCAGCAAUGCCUAUGGCUGUGCCACAGUUGUGGGUGACACAGGCUUUGCACAGUCGGACGGGAUAUGGUCGGCAGGGAGGGGAGCCCAAGCAUGCUUCAAAUGCAACCAGCCUGGGCACUGGUCUAAGGACUGCCUUGUCUGAGGCACUUUAGUGCCUUGGCUCAUCCAGGAGGUCACUGGAAAAACCUCUCAUACCAAAUAGUUCUACGAAGGUUGCUUUUGCUUAGUAGGCUGCGAGUCCUACUUUAUCAUGUACAGUUAUAUUUUCAGUACCUAUCUCUAUCUAUGUGCCUGGUUCCUUUGGACCAGGUGGUUAGUACUUAGUAAUAUGCUGGAGGUUGCUGGAAAAACCUAAUCUAUGUCCUUUGCAAGCCUGCCUUAUUGUGGAAUCUGUGGUUUGUAAGCGCCUUAUUAUGGAACCUGUGGUAUGUAAGCAACUGAUGGUUAGUAGUAUUCAUCUUAUGUUCAAGAAUGUUUUUUAUAUAUUUGUUCUGUGCAAGUCCAA